AGGUGUGGCCUAAACUCAUGUUCAAAAAUUUCUAUUCAAACUUGAAUGGUUUGUUGAUGCAAAAUAGAUCUCAAUUCAACAAUUUCAUUCAAAUUGUAUGGAUUCAAUUGGGCUUGUUGAUAGAAUGGACAAAAUAAUUAAUGCAUUCUCGUAUGCUCAAUAUAUUGUUUACAAUUUCAUUUGGCAUCAAGUUCUCUACUCUUAUCUCAUCCAUACAUAAUGUCAUUUCAUGAGAAUUUAAUUCAUCGUAAAUUGAAAAAGGUCAAGGGUUACCGAUUGAUUGAUGAGCAAUCAAAUUUGGAUUUCCCUCAUUGAAUGUUUUAUUUCAGUGUGUGUGUGUGUGUGUAUAACAUGGACAUUGGGAUGUUCAUCACCGUCAAUCAUUAUGGUAGCUGGUUGUCCUGUUUUGGUUUUCCGCGUUCCACACCUGUUUACCUUUUUGGCCAAUACAUACAAACAUACAGAUAGAUUUACAACAAAGUAUGAUGACCUUUCUCAUACACAUCAUGUCCAGUUCAAACAGGCCCUUUUUUUCGUAAUCGUAUCAAAUCCAUACUAAAAUUUAUAUAAUAUCCAAUGAUUUGAUGAAAAUCAAGCUUAGUGUUCAAUUGGCUUCAUACCAAAUCACACUACAAAAUAAAACCCUUCACAUUUGACUUGGUGAAAAUUAUCAUUCAUUUGAUUUUUGUUAUUAUAUUGCACGAAAAGCAACAACAAGAAACUUGAACUUUCCAAAAUUGAAAAUGUUUCGUUUAAUCAUUUUAUUGGCAACAAUUUCAUUGAUUGAAGGUCAACGAUUUGUAUCCGGACCAUGUCCAUCUAUUCCAUCAAUGACAACCUUUGAUAAGGCUCGAUUUUUGGGUCAUUGGAUUGAAGUUGAAAAGACACCAUCAAUUUUUGAUUUUAUGAUGCGUUGUUUACGUGUUGAUUACCUAGGUAGUACAGAUAACAAUGAUGGCAAUUUGAAUGUGAUCGUUAAAGGAACAUCACUCGCUGGUUUGCCAAUUACCGUCAAAGGUGAUGGUCUUCCACAUCCAGGAACCAAAGUUGGUAAAUACAACAUUCGUUAUGGUUUUGGUGUACCAUUCCAAGGUUCUGAAGUGACAAUUAUCGAUACCGAUUAUAAGGAGUUUGCUGUUCUUUAUUCCUGUACAAGUAGUAUUAUUCAAGGAUUUUAUCAUACUGAAUACUUGUGGCUUUUAUCUCGUGAUGGUACCUUGUCCAAUCCAACUCGUCAAAAUAUUUAUGAAACUUUGGAUCAUCAUAAAAUCAAUCGUGUUGGAUUACAACUUAGUGAACGUUCUACUUGUCCAAAUAGUACAUUGGUUACACGUGAAAGUGAACAAAAUCUUGGCGAUCCAGUAUUGUUGAAUGUACCGGAAAAACCCGAUGAAAUUAGAUUUGAAGUUACCACUGAAGAUCGUCCUGUUACCAUCAAUUAAAACGAAUAAUGAUGACGAUGAUGAUGAUGAUUUGAAGUGAAACUUAUUUAUAUCGAUUUCCAUAGUUAUAUAGCAAAUUUUAAAAAAAAUUUUCAAAAUUCUAAAAUGUAUCGUAUCUAAGGUAACCAGCUCAAUAGUUAUGAUCCUGUUUUUCUAUUCUUUUGCUCUUUUGUCAAGAAUCUUUAGAAUCGAAACAAAAAAAAACCUUAAAAUAUUCCCACGGAUCGAUAAUGUUCCAUUUGACGUUUUUUUUUCCAUUUUAUUUUUUUUCAAAAAAAAUUUUGUUUGGUUUAAAUUGAAAUAAAAAAAAAUUCAA